UUCCACGCGAGAAAUACCCAACGUUUCCAGACGACCAAGACCACGUGGUCGUUGAAACUGCUCUCCGGGUCAACAGCAAAAACAUUAUCCGGGCCAAUUUCACCAUCUACGAUUGCAAAAGAACUGGAAACAUUUACCCGAAGAGAGCAUGCACCAGCUGCCUCUCGACCAGAUGGAAGUGUCACUGGUGCCCCUCCACCUACGCCUGUGUCUCCAACCACUCGCAAUGUGACGAUGCGCUGCAGAUGAAGAAGAAAAUUGACUGUCCGCGAAUUGUACCUGCCUCCUUGGACCCAAUGCCCACGGGAGUAUCUCGGGACAUUACAAUCUCACUGGCCAACGCGACUUUCUCUAAGGAGACAGCUCUGGAGUGCCAUUUUGGGACAGACAGGACAUUUGAAGCCCGGUGGCUGAACUCCUCCGCCGUGGAGUGUGUACAUGUGCUGCUCCACACAUCAGAAAAAAGCCAUCUCUUCCCAGUGAACCUUCAGCUGAAGGACAGACCAGACAGAUUUAUCGACAGUCCAGAGAUGAUGACAGUGGAGGUGUACAACUGUGUGACUGGGAGUGCUGACUGUUCUCAGUGCCUGGGGAGGGAGGACCUGGGGCACCGCUGUGUCUGGAGUGAGAGCAGCUCCAGCUGCAGGCUGCACAGCGAGCACCCCCAGAUCUCAGAUGUCUGUCCAGCUCCGGAGAUUAAGAAGAUCGAGCCGCUGCGCGGGCCGCUGGAGGGGGGCACCCUGCUGACCAUCCGUGGGAGGAACCUGGGCCGCCGUUUCAGCGAUGUCCUUGGCGCCGUCAGGAUAGGCAGCGUGCAGUGCGUGCCACUGCCGGACAGAUACGUCGUCUCUGAGGCGAUUGUGUGCCAGACCGGAGAGGCUCAGGAGGUGUUCUCUGAUGUGGUGACAGUUAACGUGAGCCGGGAAGGGAAGUCCAGGGAGCGGUACUCUUACGUGCUUCCCGUGGUGCAGUCCAUAGCUCCCCUGAAUGGCCCGAAGGCUGGAGGAACCAGAGUGACCAUCAGAGGCAGCAGGCUGGAUGUCGGCUCUGAGCUCCGUGUCCUUGUCAAUACCUCCAAGCAGUGCACUGACCUCAGCCGCAACGACAGCACCAUCACCUGCACCAUGCCAUCCGCGGAGCUCACCACGGCCGUGCGAGUCUGUGUCCAGUUCGAGAACAAGUCUUGUGCCAGCUACAACAUCACAUUCAAGUAUGAGAAGAACCCGAUUAUAUCGGACAUCAACCCCAAAAAGAGCCAGAUCAGCGGGGGCAGGAUCAUCAUCCUGGAAGGAAGAGGCUUUGAGCUGGUCCAGAAUGUGUCCAUGGUGGUCCGUGGCAUCGGCAGAGAGCAAACGAGCUGUAAGGUUCACACCGACACUGUGAUCACCUGCCCCUCUCCAGCUGCCUCCAACAUCACUGCGGGGAGCAAGCCUGCACCUGUUGAUUUCUACCUCAACGGUCGCCUCUAUGCAGACGACCGUCCGGCUCUGGAUGAGGAGAUGUACCCUGAGGAGGCCUUGCACAUCAGCAAGUUCAGCCUGGAGUACUAUGCUGACCCCCAGUUCUUCACAGCCAAGAAGGAAAAGUGGAUCAAGCACCAUCCUGGCGAGCCCUUAACUCUGGUUAUACAUAAAGAGCCUGACAGCCUGGGCCUGGAAAGCAAUGAGUACCAAGUGAAAAUUGGCCUUAUCUCGUGUGAGAUCCAGAUUGUUUCGGACAAAGUCAUCCACUGUUCUGUCAAUGAGUCACUGAGCACCUCGGAAAGACAGUUACCCGUGACGAUCCAAGUUGGAAAGUUCAACUACACAAUUGCGAUGCUGCACCUUGGGGGAGGAGAGACUGCAAUCAUCGUCUCCAUUGUCAUCUGCAGCAUCUUGCUGGUCCUCUCUGUUGUAGCUCUCUUUGUGUUUUGCACAAAGAGCCGCAGAGCAGAGCGCUACUGGCAGAAAACCCUGCUCCAGAUGGAGGAGAUGGAGUCGCAGAUCCGGGAGGAAAUCCGCAAAGGUUUUGCGGAACUGCAGACAGACAUGACAGACCUGACCAAGGAGUUAAACCGCAGCCAGGGGAUCCCAUUCCUGGAGUACAAGCACUUUGUCACCCGGACGUUCUUCCCCAAAUGUUCCUCGCUCUAUGAGGAGUGCUACAUCCUCCCGUCCCAGCAGCUCAGCUCCCAGGUGGGCUCCCAGGUCCAAGAAACCCAUCCUCUCCUGGUGGGGGAAUGGAAAAUUCCUGAAAACUGCAGACCCAAUAUGGAAGAAGGAAUCUCGCUGUUCUCCACCUUACUCAACAACAAGCACUUUCUCAUUGUGUUUGUCCAUGCUCUCGAGCAACAGAAGGACUUUGCUGUUAGAGACAGAUGUAACCUGGCCUCUCUGCUUACUAUUGCAUUGCAUGGGAAACUGGAGUAUUACACCAGCAUCAUGAAGGACCUCUUGGUGGAUCUAAUAGAUGCUUCAGCUUCCAAAAACCCCAAGCUGAUGCUGAGGAGAACGGAAUCCGUGGUGGAGAAGAUGCUCACCAACUGGAUGUCCAUCUGCAUGUACAGCUAUCUCAGAGAGACCGUCGGAGAGCCCUUCUUUCUGUUGAUCUGUGCGAUCAAACAGCAAAUUAACAAAGGGUCCAUCGAUGCCAUCACGGGGAAAGCCAGGUACACCCUCAAUGAGGAGUGGCUCCUGAGGGAGAACAUCGAGGCAAAGCCGAGGAACCUCAACGUCUCCUUCCAAGGCUGUGGGAUGGACUCCCUGAGCGUCAGGGCCAUGGACACAGACACACUCAGCCAAGUGAAGGAGAAGAUUCUGGAGGCCUUCUGCAAGAACGUCCCCUACUCCCAGUGGCCAAGGGUGGAAGAUGUCGACCUCGAGUGGUUUGCCACCAGCACUGACAGCUACAUCCUCCGGGACCUUGAUGACACCUCGGUGGUGGAGGAUGGCAGGAAGAAACUCAACACAUUAGCACACUACAAGAUCCCCGAAGGCGCAUCAUUGGCCAUGAGUUUGUCGGACAAGAAAGACACCACGCUGAGCAGAGUGAAGGAUUUGGACACUGAAAAGUACUUCCACUUGGUUCUCCCAACUGAUGAAUCAGUUGAACAUAAGAAGUCCCACAGACAGAGCCAUAGGAAGAAAGUCCUACCGGAGAUCUACCUGACCAGGCUGCUCUCCACAAAGGGCACGCUGCAGAAGUUCCUGGACGACUUGUUCAAAGCCAUUCUCAGUAUCCGAGAUGAUAAACCACCUGUGGCCGUGAAGUAUUUCUUUGACUUCCUAGAGGAGCAAGCAGAGAAAAGAGGGAUCACAGACCCUGACACUAUGCACAUCUGGAAGACCAACAGCCUACCUCUGAGGUUUUGGGUCAACAUCCUGAAGAACCCGCAGUUCGUCUUCGACAUUGACAAGACAGACCACAUUGACGCCUGUCUCUCUGUGAUAGCCCAGGCCUUCAUUGACGCCUGCUCCCUGUCUGACCUGCAGCUGGGCAAGGACUCCCCGACCAAUAAACUGCUGUACGCCAAGGAGAUCCCCGAGUAUAGGAAGAUAGUGCAGCGAUACUACAAGCAAAUCCACGACAUGCCCCCGCUCAGCGAGCAGGAAAUGAACGCCCACCUCGCGGAGGAGUCGCGGAAAUACCGGAACGAAUUCAACACCAACGUCGCCAUGGCUGAGAUAUACAAAUACGCCAAGAGAUACCGCUCCCAGAUCGUGGCUGCCCUGGAUGCCAACCCCACGACGAAGCGCACCCAGCUCCAGCACAAGUUUGAGCAAGUGAUUGCGCUCAUGGAGGAUAACAUCUACGAGUGCUGCAGCGAAGCCUAGGCUGACUGCAGCCCUGGAAGUGACCUCCUCCGUAGCGCAGUGCCGUAGGGAACCUGCCUUCAGCCGCGGAUACACCAUGGAUCCACCGUGGAUCAUCUCCGCCAGGGUCAUUCUCAAACCAGCCUUGUGGUGGGGGUGGGCCUGGCCCGUGGCUGAAGGGCUCCCUCACCUAACAAGAAGCCACAAGACACCUUUCCGAGCAGCAGAAAAACCCUCUGGUCUGCACUGUGGCACCCAUAAUUUAUUUGCUGCCAGUGAGAAAUGGAGACGAGACACUUGUGGCAAGCUCAGUUCACCACUUCCCUCUGAUCAGCGUCCGAGCGGUCAGCAGCUCCCUGCAUCCCUGUUUGUGGUUCCUCAGGAUGAGAGACGGGGCUGCAGAAGCCAUAACAAUAGACACAAAACAGUAGGGUAGCCUCAGGGAGUAAUGAGCAGAGAUGGCAAAGGCCAUCGGAGCAACACCUGAGCUCCCUUCCACACCAUCCCUCUGACAUCCUUGUUUUUCCAACACCAGGGACUCUAUCAGCUGUUCACUAUCUGCUGCAUUCUGUGUAUUUUUGUGCCUUUUAAUUUUUGUGCUGUAUGUGUAAACAUAACCACUCCUCCAUCUGAGGAUCGUCUUGGGCAACACGGGGAACUCAGGGCUGAGACAAAGCAGUUGCUUCCCAAGUAGCUAAGGCAUGGUGAAAGCACUUUAUCCCCUAACAGAGACAGCUGUUACGGAGCUGGAGGGAGCGUGUUACAUGUCAGACAGUGUGGGAAGGGCUGCUUCCCCUUCCCCAGGUUCCCAGAUCUGCAUGCACAGUGAGCUGGAGUUGCAGUGGGUAGGCAAAUAUCCCCUAACGACCCACCUUUCAGCCAGCUGGUCACAGGCACAGCUUCUGCCUAGAAGCAGAAGACGAGAUGCAGUGGGUGAGGGGAAGGACUUCUGCCUCGCACUCCGGUCGCCCUGCUAUGCUGGCUGUGCACACAUCUGUAGCACUGCCCCAGCUCAGCCCUGGUAACGCUGCUCAUGCCAGCAGGGGUUAGCUCCUGCUGACAGCCCCGUGACAGAGCGGGCUUGAGCCACGUGGAGGGCAAAACACCAGGUAGCAUCUUCCCUCCCUCUGCCCCAUGUGCUCCAGCAUCUCCCUGUGAUCAUCACUGAAAACAAGGUCAGUGCUGCAGAGGUGUCUUCCUAAAGCAGCUUGUUCUGCUUGCUUCGGACCCAGCCCACCAUGGUUGUCGCCUGAGAGCAACCAAGAGCACGCGGUUUUGCUGUGUAUCCAGUCUUUUUUUCGGCCCAUAAAGGCAAAGGGACUGGACCCCAUCCACCUGGCAGCACAAUGCUCUCACUCACGCAGGCCAGCAGAGCAGCUCCAGCACCCCAAGCUGCAAACAAAGGCAGAAAGUGUCCCAUGCCUCCUUACACUGGGGUCAGUGAGCAGGGUCCCACUGCGCAGACCUAGAAACUUCACUGCUGUUCCGUGGCAUCUGCGCUGGGGCAAACCCCCUGUCCCAGCUUGGUGGCCCAUUCUCCUUUCUGCUGGCAACUUUGUCCUUUCUGCAGCCAGGGGAGCUGUGACUGCUCUGGUCUUCUCCAGUGUCACCCAGGCCCCUCUGUAGAGGCUGGACUGCAGCUAACACCACGUGCUUGAAGCCAGCAUUCACACGCAGGCAAAGGCAACCUGCCCAUGAAAGCUAAACCCAGCCGUAGCCACCGCAUUGUCAAACUGCCAAAUAGAAAAGAAAAAAAAAAAAAAGAAAAAAGUUACUACCUCACUCCAGGCAGGGUCUAAGGUGAGCCUCCGUUACUCAUCCAGCUGGCAAGGAUGCAACCUGGUAUUAGAUGACUUUGGUCCACCAAAACUCCUCCUGGGUGACUCACUGCCAUGGACAGGUGGCCUCCAUCCCAUUGUUUCCAGUAAUGCCACAUCUGUCAGAAAUUGGAACAUCAGAAUUGUGUAUGUGUAUAUAGAUAUCUAUUUUAAAACAAAUGAUAGACUUUAUCCUGUAUGUUAAAAGGGAGGGGAGGGAGGGGAGGGAAAGGGGAAGAACAGAGGUUUGUUUGUUUUGUUUUGUUUUUUAGAACUACAGAAAAAGUACAUACACUGUGGAGGUUUCAAUGUCUUUACUGAGGAUGUGGCUUCAGAAUAGAAACUCUAAGAAUGUAGCUGGGCUACAUUUUAUUUUGAAAGUGAUUUCACAAAAAAAUCUUGAAUUUUUUUUUCUUUUAGAAACUGUGAAUAGCUGCCAGAGAUAUAGGCAGGCCCAGCACAGGGAAGGCGAGGUUGAGAAGGACCAAGGUAGCAGAGAACGUUGAGCUUGGCUGGAGGUGGGGAAAGGGCCAUGGAGCGAUAGCCCCAUGUUGUUACAAGGAAAGGAUACAGGUGAGCCGACAGUAUAGUUUGCCUCCAGGUGAUGUCACUGGGCCAUGUAUUGGGGCCUAUUGCUUUAUUAUUUAAUUUUUUCCAAAGCAAAAAAAAAAAAAAAAAAAAAAAGUAGUUGCUACAACCAUUUUAAAGGAACAACUUUAACGGAGCAGAAGCUUGAGGGUUUCUAGUGUUGCCUUGAACCCCCAAGCCCUUUGUAACAUGUUUUUAAACUUUGGCACGUGUUGUGGGUGUAGUGCCCUUACCUGCUGUGUAGUGGAAGUGGCAGACUCUUGGAAAAGCCUAUCUUUGUAAUAAAACAAGGUGCUGAAA